GGAACAGGAGGACUCUGACUCUCUGAGGACCCCAGCAUCAUUUCUGUAACUGUGUUUGAGAAGGUCUGACUCCCAGAACGCUGCCUGGUCGCAGACCUUCCAGUAUGGGGAGGAUUGGCAUCUCCUGUCUUUUUCCUGCUUCUUGGCAUUUUAGCAUCUCUCCAGUGGGGUGUCCUCGAAUUCUGAAUACAAAUUUACGCCAAAUUAUUGUCAUCAGUGUCCUGGCUGCUGCUGUUUCACUUUUAUACUUUUCUGUUGUCAUAAUCCGAAAUAAAUAUGGGAGGCUUUCCAGAGACAAGAAAUUUCAAAGGUACUUGGCACGAGUGACUGACAUUGAAGCUACCGAUACCAAUAACCCCAAUGUGAACUAUGGGAUCGUGGUGGACUGUGGUAGCAGUGGGUCUCGAAUAUUUGUCUAUUGCUGGCCGAGGCAUAAUGGCAAUCCACAUGAUCUGCUGGAUAUCAGACAAAUGAGGGAUAAAAACCGAAAGCCAGUGGUAAUGAAAAUAAAACCCGGCAUUUCAGAAUUUGCUACCUCUCCAGAGAAAGUCAGUGAUUACAUUUCUCCGCUUUUGAACUUUGCUGCCGAGCACGUGCCACGGGCAAAACACAAAGAGACACCUCUCUAUAUUCUCUGCACAGCUGGAAUGAGAAUCCUUCCUGAAAGCCAGCAGAAGGCCAUUCUGGAGGACCUUCUAACCGAUAUCCCUGUGCACUUUGACUUUCUGUUUUCUGACUCUCAUGCAGAAGUGAUUUCAGGGAAACAAGAAGGUGUGUAUGCUUGGAUUGGCAUUAACUUUGUCCUCGGACGAUUCGAGCAUAUUGAGGAUGAUGAUGAGGCCGUUGUGGAAGUGAACAUUCCUGGAAGUGAAAGCAGCGAAGCCAUUGUCCGUAAGAGGACAGCGGGCAUUCUCGACAUGGGCGGCGUGUCCACUCAGAUAGCAUAUGAAGUCCCCAAAACUGUAAGCUUUGCCUCCUCACAGCAGGAGGAAGUAGCUAAAAACUUGUUAGCCGAAUUUAACUUAGGAUGUGAUGUUCACCAAACUGAGCACGUGUACCGAGUCUACGUGGCCACAUUUCUUGGGUUUGGUGGCAAUGCCGCUCGACAGAGAUAUGAAGACAGAAUAUUUGCCAACACAGUUCAAAAGAACAGGCUCCUGGGUAAACAGACUGGCCUGACUCCUGAUGCUCCAUACCUGGACCCCUGCCUCCCUCUAGACAUUAAGGAUGAAAUCCAGCAAAAUGGACAGACCAUCUACCUACGAGGAACUGGAGACUUCGACCUGUGUCGAGAGACUAUCCAGCCUUUCAUGAAUAAAACAAACGAGACACAGACUUCCCUUAACGGGAUCUACCAGCCCCCAAUUCACUUCCAGAACAGUGAAUUCUAUGGCUUUUCUGAAUUCUACUACUGCACCGAGGAUGUGUUGCGAAUGGGGGGAGACUACAAUGCUGCUAAAUUUACUAAAGCUGCAAAGGAUUAUUGUGCAACAAAAUGGUCGAUCUUGCGGGAGCGCUUUGACCGAGGACUGUAUGCCUCUCAUGCUGACCUCCAUAGGCUUAAGUAUCAGUGUUUCAAGUCUGCCUGGAUGUUUGAGGUGUUUCAUAGGGGCUUUUCGUUUCCUGUCAACUACAAAAGCUUAAAGACUGCCUUGCAAGUUUAUGACAAGGAGGUGCAGUGGACCCUGGGAGCAAUCCUUUACAGGACCCGCUUUCUACCCUUAAGAGACAUCCAGCAGGAGGUGUUCCGGGCCAGCCACGCCCACUGGCGGGGCGUCUCCUUUGUCUACAACCACUACCUGUUCUCCGGCUGCUUCCUGGUGGUCCUGCUGGCCAUCUUGCUCUACCUGCUGCGGCUCCGACGCAUCCAUCGGCGAACGCUGCGGAACGGCUCGGCCUCUGCGCUCUGGAUGGAGGAAGGCCUGCCCUCCCAGAAGGCUGCAGGGACGUUAUGAAGCCAGCUACACAGCUCCAGGAAGACGCUCCAAGGAAAAGCCACUUGCCUCAGGGUUUCUCCUCUUCAUUUUCUUCUGGUUUUAUUUUCUUUCCCUUUUUUGUUCCUUAAAAGAAAAACAAAACCCACUGUUUGUAAGCCCUGCUGUCCUAGAAGCAUUGCAUUUAGUCUUUUGAAUACAGCUUUAAACUGAGGAGUAGGAAAAA